AAAUGGAGGUACUGGGGAUUGAGCCCAGGACCUCAUGCAUGCUAAGCACACACUCUACCAGUUUUCAUUUUUUAUGUGGGAGUGACUUGCACUUGUCUGAGGCUUGUGGUGAAAGUCGGAAGCACCCAUCUUUCAUGAGAAGGGAGAGAGAUAGCUAGGGCUACACAUGAGGAUUUCCCGUGUGAAAAAGGAGAGCCUGGUUGAGGUUGAGAUUUGCUCUUUUCCAGCUGAGCUGCUGUGCCAAGUCCUCUGGCAGCUCCCACCAGCCUGUGUGCAGGUACAGAGAAGGCAGGGGAUUGGGUUGCCCAGGAUUGAUUUCCUCCAGGUAAAAGAGAAGCCCAGGGUGCUGGGGAUAGUAGCAGCAGGUUAGCAAUCCUGGAGUGGUGGCUGUGGAUCCAGGCUAGGGAGAAGGGUGUGCAGGGAAUGCAGGGAAGAGAAGGUAGGAGGGAACUGGCAGAGAGAAAGGAAGCAGAGGCGGAUUGUGAGCGCUGUGCAGGGCGAUAUCUGUGCAAUUCCAGCUGUAUCUCCAAUGACUGGCACAGAGUUGUCACUUAGUGACUAGUUGAAUAAAUGAGCUGAGGACUCAAGAGGUCUCAUGUAGAAGGCAGGUGAAAUGAGGGUGAUGGAGAGAGCCUGAAGGCUGUGUUCAGUGUGGUCGUGAUUUAGGAAAGGGGCAUUCCAGAGCCAGGUGAUAAGGCUGGGGUGUUCCUGCAGAGAGUGGCUGCAGGAAACAGAGAGGCCAAUGUUGGGUGGGCAAUUCAUGGGAAUGCCCAGUUGCCUGUGUAGGGUGCACAGCACACAGUCUUCAAGAAGAAAGGGGAAGACAGCAUUUCUUAAACGAGGAUCCUUGGACAUCUUGCAUCUGAAUCUGUAGUGGGGUGGUGGGCUUGUUGGAAAUGCAGACCUCUGGGCCCACCCCAGCCUCUUGGGGAGAAGGUAACCCAGUGCAGCAGAAUUGAGCAUCAAGGAGCAGGACUGUUUAUGGGAUGGGGGAGCACUCAGUCCCUUUGAGGGGAUGGGAUGCCCAGUAGAUCCUGGGCAUGGUGACGUCUAUCCAAGCUAGAGGGAUAUUCAAUGAAGAGAGUUGCAAAGAGUCAGCACUAAGGGGAUUCAGCCCAUGUGGGCUGGGCGCCAGAAGGAUGGAGCCUCUGCCCUAGGAUGCAGCUUCUGCUAGAGAGAAGAUGCUGGCUGGGUAAUGGGACCUGAUCCUCUUCCCUGUGGCCUGGGGGUGGGAAGAGUGCCCAGACUGAGCACCCCCUCUGUGGGUGGAGGGAUGGGGGUGGUGCGUGGAACUGUGGGGCGUUCUGGACCCAAUUCCUUCUCUUCCUUCUGGGGGCAGCAAUGCAUCAUAUGGGGUUGAUCCAGUCCUCUGCUUUUAGCCCCUCUUUUUCUCAGUGUCCUAGAGCUCUCAUGCUCAGUGCCUGACUCUGUCGUCCUUUGGCACAGCUCCUCCUUCCACUUUCUCAGCCCCCACUUUCUCAGCCCCCACUUUCUAGCCUUCACACGCCCAGAGCCCACAUUCUCAGCCCUCUGUGUUCACCCAUCUCUCUGCACCCCUCAACAGCCGCUCUGUGAGCACCCUCAUGCUACCUGCACCUAGUUCAGCCCCCAGUCAGUGUCCUCACUCUUUAUCCCUCCAUAUUCACCGCCGUUUUCAACUCCCUUUACCCACACCCCUGACCCAGCCGAGAAGAUCCCUGUCAGUACCCCGCCCGAAGGGAACCCCCAGGCACCCCUCCCAGAAGCCGGGCGGGCAGAGGCCCCGGUGCCCCCCUGGUCGGGCCGGUCCCGCCCCAUCCCGGCGGGCUGAGUCAGGCAGCAGGAACUGGGCGGGGGGCGGCGCCGGGAGGAGCUGAAGACCGAGCCAGAGUCGCUGGGAGCGAGCGCGGAGCCCAGCACUGAGUGGCCCUGGGUCGGCGGGGACACGGGGGACAAGCGCGGGGGUUGGGGGUCUCUUCUGGAUAUCAUGAGCGCCAAGAAGAGAGGGAGCCCCGCGCGGACUCAUUCCAUGAUGUCCCUGUCUGUGCGGCCGCAGCGCCGCCUGCUCAGCGCCCGGGUCAGUAGGAGCCAGUCCUUCGCAGGCGUCCUCGGCAGCCAGGAGCGGGGGCCCAGGAGCUUCCCAGCCUUCAGUCCCCCGGGGCCCCCACGGAAGCCCCCAGCGCUCUCCCGAGUGUCGAAGAUGUUUUCCGUGACGCACCCAGCCCCCAAGGUCCCACAGCCUGAGCGGCUGGACCUGGUGUACGCUGCGCUCAAGCGGGGCCUAACGGCCUAUUUGGAAGUGCACCAGCAGGAGCAGGAGAAACUCCAGGGACAGAUAAGGGAGUCCAAAAGGAAUUCCCGCCUGGGCUUCCUGUAUGACUUGGAUAAGCAAGUCAAGUCCAUUGAACGCUUCCUGCGACGGCUGGAGUUCCACGCCAGCAAGAUCGACGAGCUGUAUGAGGCAUACUGUGUCCAGCGGCGUCUCCGGGAUGGGGCCUACAACAUGGUCCGUGCCUACAGCACUGGGUCCCCAGGGAGCCGUGAGGCCCGGGACAGCCUGGCCGAGGCCACUCGGGGCCAUCGCGAGUACACAGAGAGCAUGUGUCUGCUGGAGAGUGAGCUGGAAGGACAGCUGGGCGAGUUCCAUCUCCGGAUGAAAGGGCUGGCCGGCUUCGCCAGGCUGUGUGUGGGCGAUCAGUAUGAGAUCUACAUGAAAUACGGGCGUCAGCGCUGGAAACUACGAGGCCGCAUUGAGGGUAGCGGAAAGCAGGUGUGGGACAGUGAGGAAACCGUCUUUCUUCCUCUGCUCACGGAAUUCCUGUCCAUCAAGGUGACAGAACUGAAGGGCCUGGCCAACCAUGUGGUUGUGGGCAGUGUCUCCUGCGAGACCAAGGACCUGUUUGCCGCCCUGCCCCAGGUUGUAGCUGUGGACAUCAAUGACCUCGGCACCAUCAAGCUCAGCCUGGAAGUUACAUGGAGUCCCUUCGACAAGGAUGACCAGCCUUCAGCUGCUUCUACUGUCAACAAGGCCUCCACAGUCACCAAGCGCUUCUCCACCUACAGCCAGAGCCCCCCAGACACACCCUCACUUCGGGAACAAGCCUUUUAUAAUAUGCUACGGCGGCAGGAGGAGCUGGAGAAUGGGACAGCAUGGUCCCUGUCAUCUGAAUCUUCCGAUGACUCAUCCAGCCCACAGCUCUCAGGCGCUGCCCGCCACUCCUCAGCCCCCAGGCCCCUGGUGCAGCAGCCUGAGCCUCUCCCCAUCCAAGUUGCCUUCCGUAGGCCUGAGACCUCUACUUCUGGUUCCACAGAUGAGGAGGGGGCCACGGCCCCAGCCCUGGCCAAUGGGCAUGCCCCCUAUACCCGGACUCUGAGCCACAUCAGUGAGGCCAGUGUGGAUGCUGCCCUGGCUGAGGCUUCAGUGGAGGCUGUGGGUCUAGAAAGUCUAGUCCAGAGACCUAGCCUGCCUGUACACCCAGAUCCCACCCAUAGGGAGCACCCUAGUUCUGUCCCUCCUGCUCUGGACUCCAGCCAUUCUGCCACAAGCCCCAUUCUCAGUACAACAGGCCCUGGCUACACAUCUGCACAACUAGAGUCGGUUCACACGGUGGUAAAUUCUAGCUCUUCUGAACUGCCAGGCCCCACCCACACCACUAUAAGCUUUACGUCAGCUACCAUAAGCCCUACCCACGGUGUUCCAAGCCUCACUCACACUACCACAGGUUCUACCCACAAGCCUGUGAUCUCUACCCUUGCUCCUACAGGCCCCACCCCAAGUACCACAGGGCCAGUGCAGAUCACCGCAAGUUCCACCCACAAGCCAAUGCUUUCUGUCCUCACUCCUGCUGCUCCUACCCCCAGUACUACAGGCCCAGUCCAGACCACCACAAGCCCCAGACACACUGUCACAAACCUGAUACACAUUGUCACUAGCCCCACCAAUAAGCCAAUGGUCUCUACGCUUACUACUACAGACCCUACCCUGAGUGCCACAGGCGCAGCCCAGACUAUCACAAACCCCACCCACACUGCCACUAGCCCUACCCACACUACCACUAGCCCCACCCACACUACUGCAAGCCCUACCCAUGCUACCACAAGCCCUACCCAUACUACCACAAGCCCCACCCACACCACUGCAACCUCUACUCACAAAGCCAGGAUGUCAACUCACACCACUACAAGUUCUGCGCCCAAUGCUAAGGAUCCAGUUCAGACCACCAGGAGUCCUACUCAUCCUGUCACAAGCCCCACUCUUACAACUGUAAGCCCUUUCACUUCUCUAGACCUUGCCACACUCCCCAGCCCCUCUGCAAACACAGACUCUGCCCUCCCAGGCACUGACCCCCUGUCCUGUAGCUACCCAGUCUCCACUCCCUGCACUCAGGCAGACCCCAUAGCCCCGAGCACCCCCUACCCAAGUCCUGCCUGUUCCAGUUUGGAACCCCUCACAAGCCCUUCUCCAACCCCCCCAGAAGCCAUCCGUCAGAGCCCAAGUCCUCCUCCCUCACCCCUAGCCUCUGUGCCCCAGCAUUCAGACCCUAGCCUGGCCAGGGCUGCCCAGGCCCCAGUUCCAGGGACAGCCCGAGGCGCUGGGGACAGGAGGUUGGAAGAGGCACUAGGGGCCCUAAUGGCUGCCCUGGAUGACUACCGUGGUCAGUUUCCCGAGCUGCAGGGCCUGGAGCAGGAGGUGAUCCGGCUGGAGAGUCUGCUCAUGAGACAAGGCCUGACUCGCAGCCGGGCCUCCAGUCUUAGCAUCACUGUGGAAAAUGCCCUGGAGAGCUUCAGCUUCCUCAAUGAGAAUGAAGAUGAAGACAGUGAUAGUCAUGGGGACAGGCUCCUAAGCAGCCCAGAACCUGGGGCUGAGGACAUCGACUCACCUAGUGCCCAACCCCUCAGCACGGAGUGUCCAGCUCUGGAUGCUGCAUUGGUCCAGCACCUGUACCACUGUAGCCGCCUCCUAAUGAAACUGGGCACAUUUGGGCCUCUUCGCUGCCAGGAGGCUUGGGCCCUGGAGCGGCUGCUGCGGGAGGCCCGAGUGCUCGAGGCAGUAUGUGAGCUUAGCAGGCGAUGGGAAAUCCCUGCUACCUCUGCCCAGGAAGUGGUGCAGUUCUCUGUCUCUCGGCCCGGCUUCCUGACCUUCUGGGACCAGUGCACAGAGGGACUCAGCCCCUUCAUCUGCCCUGUGGAGCGGGUGCUCCUGACCUUCUGCAAUCAGUACAGUGCCCGUCUCUCCCUGCGCCAGUCAGGUUUAGCUGAGGCUGGUGAGUGGGCUGCCUACCUGCCCACUCUGCCCUCUCUUCUCAAAUCCCCUUUGAUGGGCCCUCAGGGAAAGCCAGUGUGUGUCAAGUUCCUGGAGGAUGCCUUGGGGCAGAAGCUGCCCCGGAGGCCCCAGCCAGGCCCUGGAGAGCAGCUCACCGUCUUCCAGUUCUGGAGUCACAUCGAAACCCUGGACAGCACCUCCAUGGAGGCCUAUGUGACGGAGACUGCCGAGGAGGUGUUCCUGGUGCGGAAUCUGAACUCAGAUGACCAGGCUGUUGUGCUAAAAGCCCUGAGGUUGGCACCUGAGGGGCGGCUUCGAAGGGAUGGUCUCCGGGCCCUCAGCUCCCUGCUUGUCCAUGGCAACAACAAGGUCAUGGCUGCUGUCAGCACUCAGCUCCGGAGCCUGUCAUUGGGCCCUGACUUCCGGAAAAGGGCCCUACUGUGCUUCCUGGACCAACUCGAGGAUGAGGAUGUGCAGAUGAGAGUGGCUGGCUGCCUGGCCCUGGGCUGCAUCAAGGCUCCCGAAGGCAUUGAGCCCCUGGUGUACCUGUGCCAAACGGACACAGAGGCCGUGAGGGAAGCUGCUCAGCAGAGCCUGCAACAAUGUGGGGAGGAGGGACAGUCCGCCCAUCGACGGCUGGAGGAGUCACUGGAUGCCCUGCCCCGCAUCUUUGGGCCUGGCAGCAUGGCCAGCACGGCAUUCUAAACUUCCCUCCCACUAGCCCCCAGUGCCCCUUCCCCACACUUUCAGGGCUUACCAGGCACUGGCAGGGAGGGUGAGGGCUGGCUCCAGACACCCCUCCCUCACAGAUUCCUAUCAAUGAAAAUCUAAUAUAUUCUUCUGUUAUCCUUGGGGUUGGUAGAGUCAGUGCCACAGUCAAGUGCCUCCCAGCCUCGGCUCAGCACACUUGCCAUUGAUCAGUGUCACGGGCCUGGCCAUCCUGCCUCUGCCCCAUGAUGUCCCUUGGUUUUGUAUUUUAUUUACAGAGUUUUACAGAAAAUAAAAAAGCAAAAUGCCUUUCCUACAUA